GAUGUACCAAAAUGAGCACCGGAGGACAACCGACCAAUAACAACAACACUAACAAGAAAAAGUUCAAGGUGAUCUGGAUUCUUGUUAUUUUUUUGGUCGCUGCCACGUCUCUCUCUAGAUUGCAGUCAUGGCAGAUACUGAAGCAAGUAAAGCACCUGAGCAGGCAUCUGAGGAGGUGAAGAAGCCUGUAGAAGAGACAAAAGCAGAAGGAAAGGAAACAUCCACAGCAUCACCAGAGGAGAAAAAAACAGAAGAAUGCGAAGGUGCGUAUGGAGGAGCCAGGAUCCGAAACCCAGCAGAGAGUGAUGAAGAGGAAGAUGAUGACGAUUUUGAUGAUGAUGAUUUUGAUGAUGAGGAUGAGGAUACCGAGGAGGAGGAGGACAAAGAAGGCUUCAUGAACAUGCUACAGAAUUUCCUCAUGUCGAAGCUGCAUCUCGGAAGCCAGGAAGAGGUGCCAAAGGUUUUGGAAGAAGUGACUGUGGAAGGUGUUGUGAACUACAUCAAAAGUGGCAAAUGCAAGAACAUCAUCACCAUGGCCGGCGCGGGGAUAUCAACAUCAGCAGGUAUCCCUGACUUCCGGACUCCUGGCACAGGGCUCUACAGCAAUCUGGAGAAAUACAAUCUUCCCUUCCCAGAAGCCAUCUUCGAUAUUGAAUACUUCCGCAACAACCCCAAGCCCUUCUUUGUCCUGGCAAAGGAGCUUUAUCCAGGGUCCUUUGCCCCCACCCCGUCCCACUGGUUCAUCCGAUUGCUCCACGACAAAGGCUUGCUUCUAAGGCAUUACACCCAGAAUAUUGAUACCCUGGAGCACGUAGCUGGACUUCCUGCUGACAAAGUAGUAGAGGCACAUGGCACGUUCAGGACCUCCCACUGUCUCAACUGCCGGAAGGAGUACAGUCAGGAGUGGGUCAAAGAGGAAAUCUUCAAGGACAACAUUCCAACAUGCACUGAAUGUAGCGGUCUUGUGAAGCCUGACAUCAUCUUUUUCCGAGAGAGUCUUCCUGUUCGGUUCUUCCAGCUCAUGCAGUCAGACUUCCCUAAAUGUGACCUGCUGAUUAUCCUUGGAACUUCCUUAACUGUUCAGCCAUUUGCAUCUCUUGUUGACAAUGUUCCUGCCAUGUGUCCACGUCUCCUUAUCAACCGGGAAAAAGCAGGGACAGUGGAUCCAAUGAUGGCAAUGUUGCAAGGCAUGUUUGGCAGUGCAGGACUCGCUCUUGAUUCACCCAACAAUAUUCGAGAUGUUGCUCUGCUUGGUGACUGUGAUGAAGGCUGUGUGAAAAUGGCAGAGUACUUAGGAUGGAAGGAUGACAUGCAAGCCUUAUUAGAGUCUACAAAGAAAUAAAAGAAAAAAACAUCACAAAGUGUCAUAGAAUAGUUCAGGAGUUACAUGUUUCCAAGAGGAACUUCACAUCUAAGUUGUAUAGUCAUCUGAAAUUAUUCAUUAAGUCAUGAAGAGUUGUUGAAGAAGGUUACAUCAGCUGAUUAACUCACAUGUGAUAUAUAUUUUUAGACAACCAUUUUGUAUGGGCAUUAUUCAAGGCAUUUUAAUUGUUUGCUACUUAUUGUAACCCCCAAAAAAGUAAGGUAAUGGUGCUGAGAGUGACAAGGGUGUGGUUGUUACGCUGAAGUUUGUAAGCGGCUGAGUAGUUUAAUUUAUUGCACGUAUUGAGUUUCGUGUGUUAAAACUUCUGCAUAACA